UGUUAAAAGACCCCCCCACUGACCUUUCCAACUGCUUGUCGAUUCGGGUCACGUCUGAUCGGUAUAUGAAGAUAAUGACGGCCAUGUUGGUUUUGCUGGUGUUGACAAUCGUCUCCCCUUGCUGUGUUUUGGGAUACUCAACCUUCCAGACACGUAUUCCAAAUGGAGGUAUAAUCCGUGACCCAUGUGAUGGAGAGACCAUAUGGCAAGGCGUCGGUCAUCAGGCUGUGGGCGGUGGCGGACCCAGAAACCCUUUUGGACUCGACUUCUACAAUAAUGAAAAGAAAUGGAACCGUACCUUGUGUGAGAUGGACUCAGAUGGAGACGGGAUCUCUAAUGGGGCUGAGCUUGGUGAUCCCCUCUGUGUGUGGACUCCGGGUUCGAAUCCAGCCAACACGCCCACUGGUCAUCCAGGAUUAUGUGAGCCAUGGAGCGAUCCGAUGUGUUUAGAAAAGAAUACGUUUUAUACUUGUCAAACGAAGGAACUCGACUGUGACGCCACCAACAGUCCAGAUGUUAAAGAGUUAUCUAUCACCUUUCCAAAGUCAGCGGUUCCUGCAAAAGAAACAAGUUAUAUGUGCAUGAAUUUUGCCUUUCCCGCUGACCAUGACUACCACGUGAUCGCUGAUAAAGGUUUAAUUGACAACGAAUUCGUUAUGCAUCACAUACUUAUCUACGCGUGUCCAACUGAUGUUGAACUCGAAGAUCUGGUCAACCCAUUGAACACCCCCUACGUUUGUGGUAUGGCGGGAGAACAACGAUGUCAGGAAAUCAUUGGCAUGUGGUCCGUCGGCAUACCUGGUUUCUGUCACAACGAAAACGCUGGAUUCAAGAUAGGAACCACUGGAUACAAAUAUGCUUCAAUGCAGAUGCAUUGGAACAAUCCAUCGUUGAGAAGUGAUUACGAAGACAGUUCGGGAAUGACCCUGUACUACACUCCAGUGUUACGGCCUUAUAAUCUCGGAAACUUGGUUAUAGGAGAAUAUCAAUUCAGUAUCCCACCCGGAGAAUCUCGUCAUGUCAUAGAGUCGGAGUGCAGUUCCACGUGCUCUGAUCGAAUCAUGACUAGCUCUGUAAACGUCGUCAGUGGUCUGAACCACAUGCAUUACAUGGGUAGGGAAAUGACUACUUUUCACACACCCACUGGUGGUGCUGAGCGGGCUAUAAUGGCUGACCCUCAUUAUAGUUAUGAUAACCCCAAAGUUCACACCUUUGAGUCACCAUUAGAAAUCAAGAAAGGCGACGUGCUGAGGGCAAAGUGUUCUUUCACAACAUCACAAAAAAACGUCACAACCUUCAGCGGAGAAGCAACUUCACAAGAAAUGUGUUACGCAUUUUUGUUUUACUAUCCAAAAGAAUCUAUCAAGUCAACCCAAUGCCUUACCGUGAUGGGUUUGCCAGCUUGUUCGCUAAAUCAUGGAACUGACUUAAUAGACGGAUGCCAACUCAAGUCUUUCUUCGAAGACUAUGCGUAUUUUACACAAGUGUUUGCAGAGCUCACCAAGCGAUGUGAAACCUUCUUGUGCCGCAAGGAAUGCAAAACCUACGUGCAGGAACUUAGAGAGAAUCCUUGUUUCCAAGGGAGGGUAAAAGCAUACGUCGAUCGUGCUUUGAGCUCUUUUAAUGGUGUAAAUGAAAUGGCUCUCUACCAUUCCUGUGAUUCCGAGCUCGCACUUGAGGCUGCAGGACCGUGUACAUGUACAACAGAGUCACCAAGAUCAUGUGUAGAGUACACUGGAGCAGCUGUUUCUCACCAGACGUCGCUUUAUCUGCUUCUGGUAGCUAUGGCUACAGUAUAUUCAAUGUAGCAGAAGUGUACAUUUCCGUUCAAGUUACCGCACAUAUAGUAACCUCCUUCAAGUAUGAUUUCGCCAAUACAGAUGUAUAUACUUUCUGUUUGUUAAGGACACUAAAGAAAUUUAGAAUCGUGAAAAGAUGCCCGAAAAACAUAAUUUCUCAUGUUGACAAAAUGUUCUAAACCUGUUGUUGAUACACGUACUAUAUUACGUAAAACAUUAUUGAACCCCCUCUACAACAGUUGUGAAUAUAAAAUAUUGAUAAAUGUAUAGUAUACUGUUCUAGUGUCUUUCCCUUCCUCCUGAAAUAGACAUACAUUUAUGUAUAUGAUAAUUAAAAUGUAAUCGCUUUAAUAUGAUCACUAUGUGUUAAAUUUAGUUAAACAUUUUUGAUGCUUCCAAUGUAAACCUAGAGGACUGUGCACCAAGUAGCUUCUUACAAUACAUUGAAAUCAAACAUAAAUCUGUGUUCAUUAUGAAGUGUAACUCAUGGUAAUUUCACUUCGAUAUAAUCCAAUUUUUUAACAGAAAUAGUAUUUCCCCAUACAUGUAAUUUUGAUACAUGUACAUCCCUAACAAGGACUAUGGUAAGAUAAACACGAGUCUUUACCUUGUAAUUAUAAGAAACCAACUGUACAAACAGCAUCUCAAUGUAAGAUAGUAGAUUUGUUGAAUGGUUUUCUAUGAAAUUUUAUUAUUUUGUCUUCUGUAAAUAUAACUCAAAGGAUAAUAACAUACUGGAACUACGUUUUACUCAUAUUGUUAACAUGUUGAUAAUUGAUAAAUAAAAUAUUAAUAACAGCAAAA